UAACGGAACUGUAGUUUUCUUUUUGCUACGCAUCCUCCGGUCGGUCACCAUUUUUGGGGUCACAGCGGGCAGCAGCGGCCACCUCCACGCCUCACCGUGGCCUUACUAUGGUUCACACAUGUGUGGUGGCAGGUUGUAAGAACCGACGGACGCCCGGCACCAGACUGUCGUUCUACCGCUUCCCACGGGACCCAGAGAGGAAGCAGCGCUGGGUGGCUGCGGUGAACCGAGCGGGCUGGGUACCGAACGACGGCAGCCGGUUGUGUAGUAUCCACUUCAUCUCAGGUAAACAAGUCAAGAAUCCACAUUCGCCCGAUUAUGUUCCUUCUGUGUUCACACCAGUUCCCUUCUUCCCAGACAUGAAGGAGCCAGGUGCCUUGGAGAUCCUGGACAAGCAGGAGGCACGGGUCGAAGCCGCCAAUGCUCUGUUGUUCCUCCAGGGCCAGGGCAGCUCCGCGGUGGACGGGUCGAGCCAAGGCCGGCGUCACGAACAGGAGGCGCCGGAGGUUGCUGUGGAAAAAAGCAGGCCUUCUUCCUUCAGCACCGAUGAAGACGAGGAGCACGACGAAGCCUCCGCGAAAGACAGGAAGAAAGGAAAGUUUGCCCAGAUGUCCGAAAUAUCCGUAAACUUCGACGACAUCUUGAAAGCGCUGAAGAAGGAGAACCGGGCGCUCAGGGAGUCUGUGGAGAAAAUGGCUUUGUCUGAGAACGCUUUCAGGAACGACGCGGAAAAGGUCAAGUUCUACACCGGUUUGCCCAACUACUUCGUCUUAGAGACCGUAAUGUGGCUGCUGGCGCCGCACAUGGACGGGAUGAAAAACACGAAGCUGUCAAAGUUCCAGCAGCUCCUGCUGACCCUCAUGCGCCUGCGGCUGGACCUCCGCAAUCAAGACCUGGGCUACCGCUUCGGGGUGAAAGUCGGCACGGUGGCCAAAACGGUACACCGCAUGGUCAACAUCAUGUCCUCUACUCUGGUGCCGACCGCCGUCUUCUGGCCGUCCAGAGCGGAGCUCCGAAAAAACCUGCCCACUGCUUUGCGCGCAAGCCACCCGGACUGUGCCGUCAUCGUAGACUGCUUCACUGUACCCCUCGAGGAGCCGGCUUCGACGGUAACGGAGCACAGACAACGAGAGACGACCCUUCCUCGCUCCGAGGGAAUGGCGCAGAGUCACAGCUCGCUAAAGUAUCUGAUCGGCGUGGCUCCGCAAGGCGUCGUGACUUUCGUGUCGCGGGGCGCGCCGGGAAGCGUCAGCGACAGGAGCCUGGCCGAGCAUUGCGGGUUUCUGUGCAAGCUUCUCCCAGGCGACGUCGUGCUGGCCUGCCGCGACCUGGACAUCGCGGACUCCGUGGCCGCCCGCGGAGCUCUGCUCCAAAUCGCCGGCAAAGGUGAAGCUCGCGCAAGAUCGGAGGGCUCGCCGGGGCCCGACGCCGCGUCCGAGACGGUGGUCGUGCAGAGGCACGUGGAGCGGGUGAUCUCCAUGGUGAAGCAGAGGUACACCAUGCUCACAGGACCCGUCGAGAGCCCCUUCAGCACCGCCUGCGAGCGCACGUCCAACCUCUCAACCUUUGAUAAGAUUGUGCAAGUCGCUUGUGCCUUAAACAACCUGUGUAUCUCUGCUGCUCCGCUUGAGUGACUCGUACAGAAAGCAAUGCACCACUAAAUGCUGCUCUCCUAACUUUUUACUGUUUCAGACUUCCUGUCACGUGUCUAGUAGGAAAAUUACAUUUAUUUUCACCAAAUCCCAAUUCAGUCACUCUUGAUUAAAAACACUAUUCUUGAAUGUGGCACUAACAAUUACUGACAUGUUAAGUCGAGGAAUGCAACCUUUAGUUUGGCGAGUAGAGGUGGUCCGCAUGGGUCUUGUUUUUCAAACAGUGCCACUUUCAUACAUUUCAUACUGUUUAAAGUCCCUUUAAUAAAAUGCCACAGAAGGCUCAGGAGUGGGCAGAGCCAGGAGUGAAGUCAUCCCUUCAUUCCCUGUUUUGGCACAUCACCACUAUUUGUUUUUGUUUACAAGACGCACAGUUGGCUCUUAUGAAAGGGACAUGAUGAAAACUAGAGAAAACCGUUAUAAAAGGAACACAAGUCAACUUUUUUGUGUAGCACAUUUCAGCCACAAGGUAAUGCAAGGUGCUUUACGUGGUGAAAGUAUCACAUUUUUUCAAAUGUCAUCAUGAGAAAUCAUUGUCUUAAAAAUUGCUGUAAAGACUUCAGAUGAUCUAUGCUUUUCCAAUUAUUAUUAAUCAAGAUUUUCAUCAGAGUAGACUUAAGCCAGAAGACUUGAAUGGUCUUGAAGGUUGACACAACAACAGAUGUGUUUUGGUGCUAAUGCAUUGAAUGAUUCAUAACUAACAACAGUAUCUUAAAGUCUACUGUCUAAGCUAGAGGGAGCCAGUGUAGGGACUUUAGAGCUGGGCUGAGGGUUUUUAUGCAGACCUGUUAGGACACGUAGGCCUGUUACAAUAACACAUUUUGCUGGACAAUAAAUUGUCCCAGAAGUUAUUACGUUCAGCAAUAAUAAUGUUGCUAUGAGAUCAUUUUUGCGUAAUGUAAAAGCAAAGACAUAAUAAUGCGAGCACACUUGUCAAAGAUGAAAAGACUGUAAAUUCUAAUGAACGUUUUACACUGGAACUAGAAGACAUUUUAAAUAUCCAAAAUAAACGAACAGGACUACAGAAACAACAAAUAAAAUGGAUUAGGACGUAGAAAGAGACACGAGAAAAACAAUCAUGCAAUUGCAAAUUAUUGAGCUUGAUUUAUGGCUUAUUGUGGCGAGUCUAAAGACACUUUCACUCAUCAAUUCAACUAAAAAUAAACAUGUGGAUGAAUUUCUCUUGAUCAUUAGUCCUUUAAUCCAAGAAAAGUUCUUUGGGUGAUAGAAGACUGACUUCGUAACUGUCUUUAUGUGUUUCUGAAGGUUCAGAUUUUGGACCUGAUCACUAAUUUCUAGCUUUAAUAGCUGACUCCUGAUUGGUCCAAAAACGUUCGUUGAAAGUAAAGUUGCUACUAGCCCAGAGAAAUAUUACAAAGUCCAGCCAUUUAGCCAGCUAAUAUUAGCUUCCAGUUUUACUCCACGAGGAGCACAACUGUAAAUUAACGAUUCAUAUUCUGCAUUGCAAACACUUAAAAAAAAUUGUUUUAACUAAACACAGCAAGUCUUUACUCUAUAUUUUGCUUUUAGUCUUCCACCUCUUGUGUUCGUCUCGAGAUCAAUUUGUUAAAGCUGACACUGACACAUUUCACACGACUAUUUGUGAUGGAGGUGGCGUUUAAUUCCAGGUUUUACUAAGUAGCUUUAAUUGAAAAAUUUAUUUUAUAACGAAUUGUCAUGAGUGUGAAACGAUUUACGCUCCUAACUGUAAAAGUAUCGAUGUCAUUUUAGUAUCAAGUAACAGGAUGAAAUGCAACUGCUCCCUUUUCACCUUGCUUUAGAUGUUUGUGUGAGUGCGGUGAAGCCACGAUAUCUUCCAUCAAGGUUUUCAUAGACGACUUAUCGUAGUCACUCGCUGCUGCAGAGAAUAACCUGCAUCGGUUAGACCACAUGGUUAUCGCCUUAUCGUGUGCAACACUGGAAAAGAGCAGAGAACUCGGUGCAGAUUUACAACACACUUUAAUGUCCAGCAUGUGUGUGGUCCUUUGGAAAAGUGUAGCCUCAGCUGAUGUUGUUUCUGUGUCUAGAUGUGCUUAUCUCAGCAUUUUCACUGAUAAUGGCAGGUCAGUUUUGUAACUACGGAGAACGUCCCUCUAGGAAUGAUGGGCACAAACUAAAAUCACCCUCUGACCUACAGUGCCUUUCAAAAGUGUUCAUAUUUUGUACCGUUACAUUUUAUUUUAUAUUUCUUGUUGCUUCUUUCAAACAGUGACUUCCUUCUCCCCACUGUUUUCACAGAGAGUGAGUUUGUGGAGUGAAACAUUAGUAGUCAUCCCAUCAACAGAUUCUCCUUCAAAAACGGAUUUAAUUACAAGAGGUGGUGUUGUUGUUUUUGUUUGUUUGUCAUGGAAUAAGUGCAUUGAAUUUCCACAACAGAAUGACACUAAAAUUACCUGUCUUUUUUUUAUUUAUUUUUUUAAAUCUGCUAUUUUUCUUGUCAUUAGGUUGGAAACUACUUUAAAGCUGCGGUAUGUAACUGUUAUUUGAAAAAAAAAAAGUGUAUUUUAUUUAAAUUUUUGCUAAUUUUUAAAAACUCACAAUGUUGUGGUGCGAGACAUUCUGUGAAAAAUGUGGAGUCUAGUGUUAUCUAGAGUCUAGCCUAGUGUUAUUUUGACCGGAAAUAGCACUAUUUCCGGCCAAAAACAACCAAUCAGAGCCAGGGGGAGAGCGUGUUGGCGCCGUCAGUCAUGCUGGUGAACGCGCUGCUAAAUGUGCUAAAGCGGAGGAAGCACUCACAGCUCCAGGAAAACUGUUCAUCCACCGUUUACGGUGGCCAUGCUAACUAGCCUUAGCAUUCGUGACAGGCUCCACUGCUGGGAAGACGCUGUAGCAUGACAGCACCUUCGCAGGCAUGAUUGACAGCGCUGCGACAUGAUUGACAGCGCUGCGACAUGAUUGACAGCGCUGCGACACUUCUCGUGGUUCUGAUUUGUCAUUUCUGACUGGGUUAUUUCUGCAGGUUAGCGCUGGAAGAAGACAGAAGAGCUUGAUUUCUAAUUUUUUUUCAUGACAUAGUGACAAUUUAAACAAAUGCAAAAAACGUUUCUGAAAGUUAAAUACCACAGCUUUAAGGGGUAUAAAAACGUCUUCAAGGCAACUUUUUUUUUUUUCUUUUUUUUUUUUUAAGCUUCCUUUGAGCAUUUUCAGUGCAACUCUGAAAGGACUUUUUUAUUUUUUUUGGGGCGGGGGGCAGUCCUCCUUUGCAGAAGUUAAGCUAGACCAGAACAUAAUCUUUUAACGGUGAUACUAUUUUAAGGCUGUUGGUAAAGUUGCAUAUUUGAGUCCUGCGACGGUAAUGAGGGACAUUUUUUAUUAUAUCUGAGUUGCUUUGGUUAUACACUGUAAUUAGGGAGCAGAACAAAGCACUCAGCUCUGAAAUGUGUUGUCCAUAUUGUAAUUCCUGCAGUCAGACUGCAUUAAACAAGUAAAUUAAAUGUCGUCCUUUCUUUUAUGUAAAUUGUCUCCCCAAAUAUCGAGAUGGCAAUUUUAUUGUCUUGUUUUAUUUAGCUGUAUGUUUUGGGGUUUUUUUGUGGCAUAAUUUGACAAAGGAUAUUUUAAGGAGGAAAAGACUUUUUUUUUCUUCUUCUUCUGCCAAACACAUGAACUUCAGCAGGGAAUGCAUGUGAAAUAAAUUUUCAAAGGUUUUAGCCACAGUGUUAGCUAAUAAUUAGCUGUAACUAGCUGGUUCGGGCCACGCACAUUAGUUACAGUUGAGUAGUUCAGUUGAGACAUGUGGUAUGAAGACCUGCUCUUCAUGGUACCUAAUAUUUAAAAAAAACAGAAAACUUUUGCAUUUCUUGUGCCUUAGUUUGUGAAGACGUUGCAGAUCAUUCUGUUUUCUACAGAUAGCUAGCUUUGUACCCUUUUUAAAUAUUUGCUCAACUUUGGCAUCCAUUCUUAAAUUGCAUUACUUGUUGUUGUCCACUGACGCAAUGUGUGCGUAAUCCUCUUGGUUGACUAGACACCGCGUUUAUCUUUGGUAAUUCUUGUUGGAAAACGUCUAGAAAUCCAGGAUUAGAACGGGUUUCAUUCUUUUGUUCAGGCUUUAAAAUGGAUUUGGAAAGAUUUUUCACCCGAUGCUGGGGCCUCUCUGGCUGACUCGGUCCAGUUACUGAGUUUCAGGAGGUGGUAGUUCGUAGGCAGAAGCAGUUUUGGGCUCAGAAUGUGCAUCUGCUCACAUCUGUGCACCUCGAGCUGUCUGCUCAAGAGGGAGAUACUGGGGAAAGUCUGUCAUAUACUUGAAAGACCAGUUUUCAUUCAGUUUCUGUAAAGGGGGGGGGGGUUGUGGUUUCUAGAAACACCAUUUUUUCCUGGUGAGCUAGUUUCAAAAUAAAAGGAGCUUUUCCAAUCGAAUUGAACAUGUUCAUGCUGUACCCUUUCUGUACUGACUGUAUGCGCUUCCUUGUUGAAGUUUAAAGUUUCACCCUGACUCCUCUGAUGCGGCCUCCGUGACUGAAAAUUAAAGUUUGGCACAAUUCUGCA